AUGGACUCUGUUUUGGAUCCGUUUUCUGGGCUGGACUCCUUUUCCUCCCCUUAUUUUGACGACGAUGACUUUUUCACAGACCAUUCCUCAAGAGAUCAUCUGGACACAGACGAGUUUCUCGAUGAGGAUGUUGAGUUUUUGACCAGCCAAAUCCAAGAGUACUACAAAGACAGCAGGAUUACGCACAAUGGGGAAUACUGCGACCCUGGCAACUUCUCCUUCUCGUCUUCCUCGUCAACAUUCUCUUACGGCUGCGCGGACAGCAACUCAGAACUGUCCCCUCACAGAGAUGACGGGCUAUUAAUUAAGAGGCGGAGGCGCAUGAGAUCCGAUCAAGAGAUGCAACAGUUGCGCCAAGCUGCCAAUGUUCGAGAGCGCAGGAGAAUGCAGUCCAUAAACGAUGCGUUCGAAGGACUUAGAACUCACAUCCCAACUUUACCGUACGAGAAGAGGCUCUCCAAAGUUGAUACUUUACGCCUGGCCAUAGGCUACAUAAACUUCCUUGCGGAGCUUGUGCAGUCAGACAUGCCAAUACGGAACCCACACAGUGAUGCUUUAAACCAACCCAAAAAGGUCAUAAUUUGCCACAGAGGAACAAGAUCGCCGUCUCCAAGUGACCCGGACUAUGGUCUUCCACCUCUCGCUGGCCACUCACUCUCCUGGACAGAUGAAAAGCAGCUGAAGGACCAGAACACCAUCAGGACAGCAAAAGUCUGGACCCCGGAAGAUCCAAGAAAGUUGCACUUAAAAUCAUCUCUCAAUAAUAUUGAGAAUGAGCCUCCAUUUGACUUAAUAUCCUAAGCUGUGUCUUCAUGUUAUUGUAUACACAUAUGUGUAUUUAAACUGUAUGGAUGUAUCCAUUGUUCGACAUUUCGUUGUAUAAUAAGUAUGUAAAUAUUUAUAUAUUAGGAACCUCUUUUUCUUUGGUAUGAUCACUGGCAAUCAUGGUGUAGUACUGGUAUUUAAUUGUUUACAAUGAUUCAGUAAUAUAUUGUUAUUUGUUAAUUUAAAGUUAAUUUUAUGUACAAAUCAAAAAGAAA